AUGCGCAAACGCCAAAGCAUGCACAUUCUUGACCUAGAAGCUAAACUCGACCAACUCGCUUCCGAGAAUCGUUACCUACAGGAUGCCAUCGACCAAACUACUCCUGCUCGUCGCUCAACCCACGACGAUGAUGGACUGCAAGAUAUGCUCAGAACACGUGAUUUGCAACUCCAAGAANAAGAUGCAGAGAUACAACAGAUUCGAGCACUGCUCGAGCCAUUGCAACGGGAGAUCGCAAAGUUGACUGAUGUCAACAACAAUCUUUCCGAAGUAAACCGUAGCUUCACAGCCAACAACGAUAUUCCUUACGCUACCUUGCAAAACGAACAUAGCCAGGCUCACAGACAGUUGCAGCAGACGAGUCAGGAGCUCGAAAGUCUCAAGAGACAACAUCAUGAGCUUAGUGAUAACAUGGAAGACAUUGUGCGACAGAAAAUCGCCAAUGCUUUGGAAGACAAGAAUGCCGAGAUUCGAAAGCUGCGUGAGGAACUUGAUGUGGCUAGUCAACAGAUCCGUCUCCUCCAGAGCGAAAUCCUAGCAUCCAAGGGCGACAAUUACCUGACGACACGUGAUGAGGACUAUUUCGAUACCUCGUGCCAGAAGCUAUGUCAGCAUGUUCAGCAAUGGGUCUUGCGCUUUUCCAAGUACUCCGACAACCGCAUGUGUCGCCUGACUUCAGACUUGACCGACGAGAAGAUUGCAGCUAGGCUUGACAAUGCCAUACUGGAUGGGUCCGAUGUCGACAAGCUGCUCGGAGAUCGUGUUCGCCGACGUGACGUCUUCAUGUCAGUCGUAAUGACUAUGAUCUGGGAGUACGUAUUUACCAGAUACCUCUUCGGCAUGGAUAGAGAACAGCGACAGAAGCUCAAGUCAUUGGAGAAGAUACUUUCCGAAGUCGGACCUGCACGCGCAGUAGCUCAGUGGAGAGCAACCACCUUGACACUCCUGUCACGCCGACCAGCCUUUGCAACCCAGCGCAACCUCGACACUGAAGCCGUCGCGCAAGAAAUCUUCAGUGUGUUGUCUGCUUUGCUGCCACCUCCCGCUCAACUCGAGUCACAGAUAUUAUCGUCACUACGCAAUGUUCUUCGACUAGCGGUUGAGCUGUCCAUUGAGAUGCGCUCUCAGAAAGCAGAGUACAUUAUGCUGCCGCCCCUGCAACCCGAGUACGACACUCAAGGCGACCUAGUCCGCAAAGUGCACUUCAACGCUGCUCUCAUGAACGAACGCUCUGGGGACUAUACCAGCAAUGACGAGUUGGAGCGUAUACAAGCAGUCGUCAAGAUUGUACUGUUCCCUCUGGUCGUCAAGAAAGGAGACGAUCUCGGUGAAGGCGAAGACGAGAUUGUAGUUUGUCCUGCACAAGUCCUUGUUGCUGGAUCCAAGCAGGGCAAANAGGUUGUUAGAGUGUUGAGCGGGGCUAUGGAUAUUGACAAUCCGAGACGAAGCAACCAGAGUAUCAUUUCUGGAUUGGACAGUGGGGGCAGGAUUUGA